GAACCACUUAGGAGGAUGAGGAGGAUGGCUGGGGGUUGCUUUUGAGGAUGUCACUAACAGGCUCCUGGGGAAGAUGAAGGCUGGGGGAGAAGUUGUGCCUAGGACAUGGGGGUUGGGGCUGAGGGCUGCCCCAGCUCUGUGCACAGACACCUCGGCAGGCUGCAGCGCUCCGCACUCGCUCCGCCAGCCCGGCUCCUUCCCCCCGGCUCCGCCGCUGGAUCGCGCUCUCCGGCCGCCCCGCAGGACCCAGGCAGCUGCCAGCAUGUCCGAGAUCCUCCCCUACAGCGAGGAGAAGGUGGUCCGCUACGGCACCGACUCCGAAGUCAGCGAGAUCUCCUUCAGCUGCCGGCUCCAGGACACCAACUCCUUCUUCGGGGGCAACCAGGCCAAGCGGCCCCCCAAGCUGGGGCAGAUCGGCAGGGCCAAGAGAGUGGUGAUCGAAGAUGAUAGAAUAGACGAGGUGCUGAAGGGGAUGACAGACAAGUCGCCUUCUGGGGUAUAAGCUGGCAGAGAAGGCGCCUGCACUGAGCUGCAGACUCUGAUCACUGAUUUUAAGCACUUUUGGCCGUGCAUGUUUGUCGGACUGUGGUCAACGAGGAAAGCAAAGGAAGGAGAUGAGGCUGCUGGCGACACCUUCCACCCCCAACCCAGACCCCAGCCUGAGGCGGUAACGGAUGGGGCCAUCUCACCCUCCUCAGCAUCCAACCGAGAGCAAUGGGGCAAAGGGAUUUGGCCAUCCAUCCCUGUCCAGAUUUCCAGGGCGCCAUGCCCACGUUUGUCAGCACCACCUCCUGCCCUCACAACCCCCCUCCCUGCAGAAUGGAGGAGCCGGCUGCUGAGGCGCUAUCCAGGGCCAGCGCCACUUCCAGCGCCCUCCCGGGGAGCUGUCCAUUCCAGCGCCACUUCCAGCGCGCUCCCGGGGAGCUGUCCAUUCCAGCGCGCUCCAGCGCCACUUCCAGCGCGCUCCCGGGGAACUGUCCAUUCCAGCGCCCACCCGGGGAGCUGUCCAUUCCAGCGCGCUCCAGCGCCACUUCCAGCGCGCUCCCGGGGAACUGUCCAUUCCAGCGCGCUCCCGGGGAACUGUCCAUUCCAGCACCCUCCCUGGGAGAUGUUCAUUCCAACGCCACUUCCAGGGAGCUGUCCAUUCCAGCACCUUCUCCUCUCCCAUUUCCCUCUCUCCAGCCCCUCUGAGCCCCCCCUUCCCCCACGCCACGAUGCCGAGGUGCUGUUCCCCUGAGAGCGCGGAGCCCUUGGGAUCGCCUCGCGUUCUCAUCUCCAAGCGGGCUCCUGUAGCGAUGCACUUUACACCUUUCUCUUUCCAAGUGGCUGUGUAUCUAACCCCCGCAUAGGCACACACCUCUCCAGCUGUAGCAGGCUCAUCGUGUGUGCAAUCACCCCCCUUCUGUAUUUCAGACCCACACCCAUUCUCUAACUCUUCCAUCCAUCCCCACUCCUCAUCCCUAUCCAGUUUGCAAAAUACCAGCAGAUCGGAAGCAAAUCCAAAGCCAGCAGUGCUGAAUGGAAGGCAGAGGUUCCGACACGAUGGACUAUAAUAUAAAAGACAGUGAUCAUUUUGCUGUCGAGAGACAUUU